UGUGAGGUGUUAAUGAAAAGUUGGCUUUGUAAACGUUACUGUCAGUUCCCGCUCUAGAUGAAGUCGGUGUUCCGGCCCGUCCUCCUCCUCCUCCUCCUCCUCCUCCCGCCGCUCCGGCAGCUCAGGUAUGUGACGCUCACCUGAGCUGAAACUUCGCCUCGCUGUUCUGUGGCGGAGGUUCUCCACAAGCUCCUGGUUCGGACUCAGAAUGGCGGACUGCUGCGUGUCUGCGGACGAGUUGGAGAGUCGGCGGAUCAAUAAAGCCAUCGAGAAACAACUGAAGCACGACGAAGAAGAGUCGCGACGGAUGCUGAAGCUCCUGCUGUUAGGGACUGGUGAAAGUGGGAAAAGCACUUUCAUCAAACAGAUGAGGAUCAUCCACGGCGGCGGGUACAACGAUCAAGAGAGAGGACGCUUCGCUCACUCCGUGUAUCACAAUAUCCUCACAUCCAUCCAGUCGCUGAUCAACGCCAUGGCGACGCUCAAGAUCGACUACGCAGACAGAGGUGUUGUUAGCCACGCGGAGAAGCUGAGCCGAGUGGAGCCGGAGCAGAUGUCCACUUUGGAGUCCUGGCAGGUGGAAGCCAUUAAAAGAGUGUGGAGUGAUGCCGGUGUUCAGAGGUGCUAUGAGCGCAGGAGGGAAUUCCAAUUACUGGACUCUGCCAAAUACUACCUUUCUGACGUGGACAGAAUCUCUCAACCGUCGUACGUUCCCACUCGAGACGACAUCCUGAGAGUGCGGGUGCCCACCACUGGCAUCAUAGAGUACCCUUUUAAAGUCAAGCCAGUCACCUUCAGGAUUGUAGAUGUUGGUGGGCAGCGUGCAGAAAGAAGGAAGUGGAUUCACUGUUUCGAGAAUGUAACCGCCAUCAUUUUCCUCGCGGCCAUCAGCGAGUACGAUCAAGUUCUCUCUGAGAACAAGGACGAGAAUCGAAUGUUGGAAAGUCUGUCUUUGUUCAAGAUCAUUCUCACGUACCCAUGGUUCCAAGACACCUCCUUCAUCGUCUUCCUGAACAAGACGGACCUACUGGAGGAGAAAAUCACAACCUCUCAUUUGGCCACUUACUUCCCAAACUACAAAGGGCCGCGCUGCAACGCUGCAGAAGCCAAAAAAUUCAUCCGUGAAAUGUACGAGGAGCAGCUGGAGCCGCAAAAAUCCUUUUACUCGCACUUCACCUGCGCCACAGACACAAAGAACAUCAAGUUUGUCUUUGAAGCUGUCAAGGACAAGCUGCUCCGCGAUAACAUGAUACACUUCAACCUUGAGUAGUUCAAUUACCUGCGAGCGGUACAGUGCUCGAGUAGUAGUUGUAGUGAUUAGUUAAAAUAAACAGUCCAGAUAGGAAGUCUUCGGAAAUGUUUGCGUGAAGAUGCACAAGAAUGUUGGACAGUUGCCACAGUCAUGCGGUGAGAAUGCAACCGAUCCAGUUCCAGAAAUGAGGAUGAGCCUGCCAGCAACUGUGCCACUUUUGAAUGUUUGUACUGUGAUCAUUUCUGUUCAGUAAAAAUAUUUUUGACAGUAAUACCAGACGUCUAAUUUUCAAGCACACACCACACAUACAGCUGACAUCUGUGCCUUACAGUUUAGGAGCUAGCUAAAGUAAUUCUCAUGACUAGGUUUGUGUAGGUAUUUUUUUGAUGUGAAAACUGUCAUUAACUUGUGUCUUCAUGGUCCAACAACUGUGAAAAAGCAAACAUAAAUAUAUUCCGUGGUGUUGUCUAAGGUUGAGUAUGCAAUGAUGUGACAAACAUGCAAAUAAAAAUAAUUUAUCUUUCGAGACGUUCCGCAGAGCUCCCUCUAAACUCAAAGGUCUCAUCUCACCAAGCACUGUUGAAUCCUCAAAACAGAGCCUGUCAUGUGGUGACCUGGUGACAAACCGUACCCCAGAUCUGAAUGCUUGUAUGCCCAGAAAAUCACACUGUCUACUGCCAUGUUCUAAAUUUAUAUCGUUUUUUAAAAAUUUAUUUAUUCUUGUGGUCAAGUCUGUGGAUUAGUAUUUAUUUAUGUACAUUCUUACGUACGUGUACUACACAUUUUUAAUUUAUGUCAAUUUUAUGUCUACUCCUCUUUUAUGAUUUUUUUUUAAUGAUUAUAGUACAUUUUUCUGUUGUUAAUUUCUGUUGAU